ACCAUCUCUCUCGAAGCCAGGAUCCCUUUCAAUGCGACAGGAGUGGACUUUGACAACGGCCUGCUUCCCUUCAACCCGACUUCCGUCCAUGGCAAAGAUCAAACGUUUGCCGACGUCCUCCAGUUCCCCUUGGUCCCGCCUUCGCUCAACGACAGACCGACGGACAAAGCGGUCGAGGUGACCUUGAAUGACAAGUCGAUCUUCGCACCCUCCGCAACGAAUGUCCAGACUGGAUUCCGCCGCACCGAGCUGAUCCCUACCAACAAGGACGCCUCGGCUACCGCCAGUACGGAGGGCGUUCAGAAAUGGCAUCUAUCCAUCAGACAAGACGACACAAGACCUCUGAACUUUUCGCAUGAGUACUACUUCUUCUGGCUGGAGCGAGCAGACUACAGCAGCAACCCUUUCACUUUGGGUACGGGAACUCUCUUCGGCGAUGGCGAUAACAAGACGUCGGCACAGGAAGCGGAGCAGUUAUGGUUACGAUCCUCGGACGCAUCGAAGCAAGAGACGCUGUGGCAGGUUCCGUUCACAACUGGCGUCUGGCACAACGUGGCCAUCCUUCUCGACUUCAAUCAGAACCUGCUGCAGGUCGAGUACAGCAUUGACAACCAAGAGCCUGUCAAGAGGACCGGGUUGAUUCCCAAUGAUCUGAGCGGGAAUGGACAGUUUCACAUCGGUCUGCUCAAGAAGUCGACAGGUCUGAACCUUACGGACAUUACGAAGCAAGGCUAUCAAGAGAGUGGAAUUGAUGAAGGGAUCGUAUUUGGCGGUGCAUUCGAAGAG